GGUGGAAAUUAUCUAUGUGGUGCUUGUCUCUGAUUGUGCUGUGAUGAGAAACUUUGCGGUGCAACAUCAGCCCUGGUUGAAUGUCUGAGCCAAUAUCUUGGAAAAAAAAAAAAAAAAAAUCACCAUGUACUCCAUUCAGCCGUGCUACCAGCACCAGUUCUGACAAGGGCAGUCGCAUCUUAAAAUCUUCUUCGCAUCCAGGGCAAGCCCCAAUGUGCAAUGAAAAGGGAAAAGGCCUGUCAGACGUCCAUCAACACCCACCCUGCCCAUGCGCCCGAAGGCAGACCACGAACAGGGUCGAGAUCAUCAAGAGAACAACUCUCUAUACAGCAGAAGCACGAGGCGACUGCCGCCAUCCUUGCGGACAGGGCGAGAGGACCAGAAAAAAAUUCACUCUUGGGUGUCGAGGAUAUACAAUCAUCAACCAGGGUGGAUUCGAUGGCUCUUUUGGGAACCAAAGCAAGAGACAAAUACUAUAGAAAUGAUUCUCCUGUAGGAAACAGAAAGGUUAGAUGGAGGCUCUGGAAAGAUUAUGGCAAGGCAGCACUGCAGCUAGGGGUGGCACAUACUGAAGUAUUGUCGACGUGAAGAAGAAAAGAAAAAAAAGAAAAACCAAAAGAACGAGCGGCGGGCGAAGUUUUAUAGAGGGUAGGCAGAAAGAUUUGGCGGG